CUGUAUCUAGUUGUGAUGUGACAGUGGGCGCGGUUCGGCACCACAGCUGAUGAAUCAUUUGUGAACCAAGGUUUCACUCCAACGAGCUUGUAGAAUCACCAUACAAGAGGGCACAUCAAGAUGGCAGGAAAAGGACAAGCCUUUCGACCAGACCGUGACGUAUCUGCAAUAUGUCAGAAGCUAUGGGAUUGUGAUGAGAAUUGUCUCAUGCCUGGCGUACAUUACAAGCUGGAUCCUCAGGGGUAUACCUUCUAUAGCAACCAGGGCAAGCAAGACAGGGCCAAGCGACCCCUCUUUGAGUGGGUAGAGGAGGCUGCUCUGGACAGACCAACUUACAAAAGUUUUGUAGCUCUUCUUGACAACUAUGAGACAGCCACCGGUGUAUCCGAGGUUGUGACCCCUGAAGAGAUUGCCGAGAAUAAACGCUUCCUGAAUGAGAUCAUGAAAACAAAAGUGAUGAAGGAGGCUCAUCACUAUCUUGUCAAACAGUUUCCUUCCAAAAUCCCCAAGGAUGAUCUGGAGUUUAAGAAGCUGUUGUACAAACUGUGGUUUGAUCUGUAUCCCAGAACCAAGGGCAUGAGGGGCAAACCUGGCGACUCAUCUGGUUUUGAACACGUCUUUGUCGGUGAGAGUAAAGAUGGUGAAGUGACUGGCUUCCAUAACUGGAUUCAGUUCUAUCUCCAGGAGAAGGCUGGACACGUGGAUUACAAAGGCUGGGUACCCCCAAGAGGAAAGAGGGUAAAGAGGGGAGAAUCUCAAGAGAACAAACGCCUGAUGAGUCUGCAGUUCACAUGGAAAGGUGACAUCAAACCUGUAGGCAGCUCCUUCAUUGGCACCAGCCCCGAGUUUGAGGUGGCUCUGUACACGGUCUUGUACUUCCUAGGAAAGAAGAGCUCCAUGAUUGAGAUGGAUGAGUACGACUUGGAGAUAACAGUCCAUACAUUUGACAGGAAACCCAUGAACAUUCUAAGUAGUUCAUAUCCAACAAUGAUUAAUACUGAUUAAGUAUUGACAUUGGUCUGCCAUGAUGGCUAGUCUCCUUUACAGAACUUCUGAAGACUGUUACGAUUGGAUCCAAUAAUGUUUGUGACUUAACUCAAGUUCAGUUACAGGGUGUAGGGGAUAACCCAUUAGCACUUGUAUUACAAUGUAUUACAUUGUAUUUGUACAAUGAUAAAUCUGUAAAACCAUAUAUUGUAGGAGAAGUUUUGGCAGGUACAGGGAGUAACAGGUUAUUGGGGCAUUUUUUUUUACGGCCUGAAAUCCCCGAAAAUUUCAUGUUUUGGAUUGUUUACUUACUCUAUUGCAAAAGUCUGGUUGAAAGGAAACUAACCUAAUGUCUUUCCUGAAAAAAAGACGAAAAACCUGGUUGUUUUCAUCGGACGCGACGGAAUUUUGUUGGCAUACACAUUCGUAUUUCAAGUCGUAUCUAUUCAAUGUAUCAUACACGUUCUGUGUGAAUAUCAAAUACACUCGGUACCAACACACGAAAUGUUAUUUCUUACACGUCUGCAGAAUGCGAUACCGUGCAGCUGGAUUCACAACUAGCACUCAACAGCUCGAUUUUUCGGAGUCAAAAUUGUGACCCCCAAAAUUCGAUCUCGCAUGGCUUGCAAAAAUAACACAAAAAAAGUUUUUUAAAGGACGGUUUUGUGGACAUAUAUAUAUUCUUCUUUUAAAUGCUCUUCCCAGUUAAUCUUUUCAUCGUUUCGUUUGAAACGCGUUUUGUAGCCCAAUUGGGUGCAUUCCAGGCUGUAAUGUCCCUGUAAGAAAUUACCUUGCCCCACAAUUCUCUUUUUUUUGGGGGGGGGGGUGAACAUUACUCACAUUCUGUGGAUUUUCCCAAAAUUUCAAAAAAUAUAAAAAUGUUCAUAAUUUUCUCCAAAAACAUUUCACACAAAUUUCUUAACCAGAUUGGUUUCCUGAUUGGUUUUUGACCAAGAACCUGUCGAAACUUGCUCUUAAUUUAAAAAAAAUGUAACAUUAUUGUACAAUGUACAAUUGACCACACAGGUACUUAAGUUAUGCAUAGUUGCUGUUUUUCAUCAGCUAUUAACAAAUUGAAUCAUUUCAGUACAUUUAAAAAUAUAACACUCUAUCAAGAAAAGUACAUCAAACAUGUUGCCUUCAACUCCUAUUCUUUAGGGUAAGUUUACUAAAGUGUACUGUUUAAUAUUUCAACAAUUCAUUACUUUUUGAAAAGUAAACUAUUUUGUAAUUGAUCAGAAAAUGAUAUAUGGAUAAAAACGUAUUAAGUCCAUUUUUACUGUGAAACGAGAACAAUUCAAUGUAUUUUUCUAUUGUACAAGGGUAUUUUUGCUCUACUGUGAACAAUGGUGAAUCAUGCACAAUGUAUGCUGAUGUGUUGGGAAAACUACAAUCCCGGCCAAAAUGGUUGGGAUGCUUGGAAAUAACCUUAGGCUCCCACGGUCACCCACUCCCCCGCUCCCCCGGUCAAUGUUGUUCUCUCCAGCUGAUGGAGCACACACCGCGCAGAGACAACAUUGAGUGGGGGCUGGGGGAUUGCAGGCCCAGCGAGAUUUGGCCAGGAUUGUAGCUUGAUCUUUUGAAUUUGAAUCCUGAAUUGGGUUUGAAAGAAGGAAUUAUAUGUAUGAAAUCUUUGCGUAUGACAUGAUUGUCCAAACAAGUUUUUUUUUUCUGUUUAAGGUAAUUGAGGUAAUUAUUAAUAUUAAAGAUAAAAUGAAUUUCUACCAUUUGGUAUGUGGGUUUUUUGUGUAAAGUGAACAUUUUGGUUAAGACGGAAUUUCAAAUUAAUAAUAAUGUUUUAGGCACAUGCUAAACUGUUAAAUGAAUCUUUCAUUUCGGAGGGAUCCGGGUAAAACAAUUCCUUAAAAAAGUAAGACAAAUGUACUCAUUUAUGUGAUUAUUUUACUUCUGCUUGUGGAAUGAGAUUCCAUUUAAAAAUCUGUAAUAAAGAUUUCAUUUUGGUAAACCCUGCCAAAAAAAAUUGCUGAAAGCUUAGUUGACGUUUAUUACUGCAGUAUAAAGGCAGCAAAAAUGGACCAAAACAUUUCAGGAGGUUUAAAAACAGGAUAUACAUCGUUUCAUAAUUUCCUAUGCAGUUGCUGUAAGGUAGAUAAGUCUAGAUUUCUUCAGUUUGUAAUGAUUUUGUCCUUAGCCUGAGGGUGAUACCGUCUGUCAAGUGACUGUGUGAAACAAGUACAGACUUUUGCUCUAGCAGUGUUUGGGACUUGUGACAAUAUGACAGAAUUCUGUCAUAUAACAGUAUGACAGAACUUCUGUCAUAUGACAAUAUGACAGAACUUUUGCCAUAUGUCAGUAUGACAGAACUUCUGUCAUAUGACAAUAUGACAACAUAUGUCACGUGACAAUAUGAUAGAACUUCUGUCACAUGACAUAUGACAGAACUUUUGCCAUAAUAUGACAGAACUUCUGUCAGAUAACAAUAUGGCAGAAUUUCUACCAUAAUAUGACAACUACCAUAUUACAAAAUGACUGAACUUCUGUCAUAUGACAAUUUGACAGAACUUCUGCCAUAUGACGUAAUUUGGGUCUUGCCAAUGAAUUUUGCCAACUUGUAUUUUACCUCAAUUUUCAUACCUGGAACACUUUAAUUCCUCUUCAUGUCUGGGAGGUGUUUACUGUCUUAAGGCGGAAUAAAUGUUUGUAAUUUAGAUUGGUUAUUUCAACUGAUGGACAGGUGUUUUACAUGUAAAUGUCAUUCUCACGAAUGCUGCGCAUUGUAUUAUGAUUAUACGGGCGGAUCCAGAUCGCCGGUUACCGUGGGGGGGGGGGGGGGGAAUUUUGUGCACUUUAUUUUUCUACAUAAAUUUCAUAUUUAACUGCCUGGGGGCUUCUCUCCCAACAAUGAUUAUCAAAAUGUCGUAAAACCUGUGACUGACGGUGUGCAUUUCUGCCAUGGGGUCAUACAGAUUGAAUCUCCUAUUAUAUUGGGUAUGUUAUAAAUAAACAGUCAAAAACUGAUGUAUGUCAAAGAAAACUAGCUGAAUAAUCAUUACAUCCUGUAUUCAUGUUCGAUUUACAAUUCAUCUAUGUGAUGCCACUUGUUGAACAAAAAAAAAUUGCAACCACAUUAUGAGUGACAUUGGAAACUAUUCAGAAACAAUCUAACCGUUAAUUAUUUCAAUUAGCCAGCGAAUAUUCUAUCAAGCACUUAGAGAAAUUCGUCUGUAUGGUGUGCGGUCACUGAAGACAAAAUAAGAUUAUGUUAACAAGAAAUUCAAUUUCAACAAUAUCUUCGAGACAGCCUGUUGUGAAUACUUGACAUUCCACUGGCUCUAAAGAAAGGUGAUUUUUUUUUUAUAAUGUUCAAAUUAUGAACAAAGUUGUUUGCAGUACAAUAGACCCAAAUUCAUUGUUGCUUUAAGCUGUUCCAGUCACUUUGCAACUCCCCCCUGUUUGGUCAUGGCCUUUAACUCUAUGUACUAACUGGUGAUGGAAAACAUUAAUGUUUGAAUUUUUAUAUGAAUACUUUUACUUGUGGGUUUGGGAAUAUUUUGGUAAUAAAAUUGCAGUUAUUAUCAUCA